AUGAACUCUUGUUUCUUCCUUCUCUUCAUCUUCACCGCCGUUACCUUUCUCCGGUGCUUAACCUCCACAGAAGCUGCCACGUGCCAUCCUGAUGACGAGGCGGGUCUUCUAGCUUUCAAAGCGGGUAUAACCCGAGACCCUUCAGGCAUUCUCAGCUCUUGGAAGAAAGGUACUGACUGCUGUCCCUGGAACGGUAUCACUUGCCUCCCCGGUGGCCGCGUCACCAGACUGUUGGUAGAAGGAAGUUCCGUUAUUGCUGGAAGCAUUUUCACCGGUACUAUCUCGCCGUCGCUGGCCAAACUCCAACACCUUACCGAUGUUCGCUUCGGCAACCUACAAAUCAUUGGAUCUUUUCCUCAGUUUCUUUUCCAGUUACCAAAUCUUAAAGCAGUUUACAUUCGGAAUACCAGUCUCUCCGGUCCCCUUCCGGUCAACAUCGGCGGGCUAAGCCGGUUAGAGUAUCUCAUUCUCGAUGGAAACCAGUUCACUGGUCCGAUCCCAAGUUCGUUAUCCAGUUUAACUAACUUAUAUCAGCUCAGUCUCGCCAACAACCGCUUCUCUGGCACCAUCCCAAAUAUGUUUAAAUCCAUGACCAAACUCCAAUACAUUCUUCUCACCAACAACAAAUUCUCCGGGGAGCUUCCUCCGUCGAUUGCGUCUCUCGCACGGACACUCCUAUGGCUCCAGGUAGGGCAGAACAAUCUAUCAGGGACGAUCCCUGACUAUUUAUCAAGAUGCAAGGUGCUUAGCACAUUGUAUCUCUUUAGAAAUCGAUUCUCAGGGGUUGUGCCUAAGAGUUUGGCUAGGUUAACUAAACUGACCGAUCUCGAUCUCUCCCACAAUCUUUUAACCGGUCCAUUCCCUUUCUUGAAAGUGAAAGACAUGAGAUCUUUGGAUCUUUCAUACAACAAAUUUCAACUGAAAGAGAUUCCCAAAUGGGUGACCUCGUCGGAGCUCAUGUACUCGUUGAAGCUGGCUAAAUGCGGGAUCAAGAUGAGGUUAGACGAUUGGAAGGCAGUGAGCAUCUUUGGUUACUCUUACAUCGAUCUUUCGGAAAACGAGAUCACGGGGAGUCCGGCAAGGUUGCUUAACCAGGCGAAUCAACUGUUUGCAUUCAAGGCGUCCGGGAACAAACUUCGAUUCAACAUGGGGGAGCUACGUUUCGACAAGUCGUUGGGAAUCUUGGAUUUGUCAAGGAACUUGGUAUUUGGGAAGGUGCCGACUGGGGUUGAUACACUUGAGGAACUGAACUUGAGUCAUAACCAUCUUUGCGGAAAGCUUCCGACGACUAAAUUCCCUGCCAGUGCGUUCGCUGGUAAUGAUUGUCUUUGCGGCUCUCCACUUUCUCCUUGUAAAUUUUAG